UGGUGACGUUUAAAUUUGACCUUGAUGGAGAUGCUCCAGAGGAGAUUGCCACAUAUAUGGUUGAGAAUGAGUUUAUUCUGUUGCUGGAGAGGGAGAUGUUCAUCGAGCAGCUGAAGGAGAUCAUGGAUAAAGCCGAGGACAUUCUGAAUGAGGAUGCUGAGGGUGAGAAGGCCUCUGUCCAGACCUCACCGCUCUGUCAGACGCCUGUCACAGCAGACUCCGGCCCGCAGGGGUCAAAACCGGAGCGCACGCAGUCUGACCAGCUCGUCUAUAAACAAAACGUGCUUCACACUGGAAAACGCUGGUUCAUCAUCUGUCCUGUGGCGGAGAGGGCCGCGCCUAAUGGAGAAGAGGCCGCCGCGAACCCAGAGAGCUCCUCUACAUUUCAAACGCAGGAUGUGAGCACAGCCAGAGCCAAACCUCUGCAGAAACGGCCAUCGGUGCCACAGGCGUCCCUCUCUGAGGUUGCUCCGUCGGCCGUGGGCCCUCAGGCUGCCUGCGCAGCUGUGGUUCCUGACAUCCCAUGCUGCCCCAUUGUGCCUCCCGUUUCACUGGACGUCUCUGCUCAGAAAGCGGCGGAGGUCCCUCAGCAGCCGGUCGCUUGCAGCAGCAGCCACGGCGUGGAGCCGCCCGUCAGCCAGACCCAGACCCCGCCCGUGGUGCUGCUUCAGCCCUUUUCCACGCCCGCUCCACAGGCUUUGGUCAGCAGCGGCCAAUCACAGCCUCAGAGCCCCACCCAUCAGCCCCAGAGCUCCACCCAUCAGCCCCAGAGCCCCACCCAUCAGCCUCAGAGCUCCACCCAUCAGCCCCAGAGCCCCGCCCACCAGCCCCAGAAUGUCCCGCCCCUGCAGCCGGGCGAAUCGGACGGGGAAGGGCCGCCCAGGCUGGAGUUCGCAGACAGAACGAUAAAGACUCUGGAUGAGAAACUGAGAAACCUUUUGUACCAAGAGUACCACCCCUCGCAAACCACGUGCUCCGCCUCCGAACCGCCCGGAUCACCACCGUUGUCCGACAGCCAGGGCAGUGACGCUGCUGUGAGGAAAGCAGAAAAACUGCCGCAGAUUCCAGAGAGGACCGACAGUCUCGGGACCUUGAGUGAUUCUGCUGUCGCCCCCUUCAAAAGACUUCUGACCAGAAAAGACUCCGGGGCCACUUCUGCUACACACACAUCCAAGAGCCACUUCCAGAUUGUGCCAACAGAUUCAGAUGUGUCUUCUCACGAUGGUGGAGAUCAUGUGAUUGAUCUUGAAUCUGCAGCUGUUCCUGUAACUGAGAACGGACACAGAUCCACAUCAAAGUCACAAAGAAACCGUUACUCAGCACCUCCUGACUUAUAUCAGGACACAACUACUUCCUUUCCAGAUGCCAGACCCACAAUGCCUUGCGCUCAGAGCUCGCUGUCAGUGGACGGGACGGCGCAGUGCUUGUCCUCGGACACCGGAGAGGAGGAUCAGAGCGAGACUCUGUCUGCUAAGCCCUUGUCUCUGGCUCCUGCCCCGUCAGAGUCAGGCGGCGGGGACUUCAUGAAGCGGGCGGUGGCUUUCCUCCGGCGCUCGGGUCACAGCAGCAGUGUCCAAAGCUCCGAUUCGCCCCCUUGUCCUCUGGUGAACGGACACGCCCCCUCGGUUAGCGGCCCCGCCCACUCCGCUUACGUCAGCAGUGAUAACGACUCUGAGUUUGAGGAUGCUGAUAUGAAACGAGAAAUGCAGAAGCUGAGAGAGAAGCACAUGAAGGAGAUCUCCGAGCUUCAGGCUCAUCAGAGAGGAGAGAUCGAACAGUUGUAUUCUCGGUUAGGUCGACCGGUUCCUCCCAGCAUGGGCUUCUUGCAUGCAGUGCCGCCUACAGGCCGCCGCCGCAGAGCCUCCAAACACAAGCUGAAGGGAAGCCGACUGCUCAAUCCCAUGGUGCAACAGCUUAGGAACAACCGAAGCAACAGCUCUACAGAGACGUGCUCCAGUGUGUCGGGGUCUCCGGUCAAGAGCUCGGUUCUGGGUAACAGCUCAGUGGGAUCCAGCACAGCCACGCUGAGCACCGUGUCAGAACCACUGGAGCCGGUCCAGACUCAGCAGCCCUGCUCGCUCAAGGGUUCUCUGUCCUCUGACAACAUCUAUGGCCCCACCACACACACACCACCCCGACAAGGCUGGACCGUUUACCACCAAACAUCUGAGCGAAUCACCUAUAAAUCUAGUAGCAAACCACGCACUAGAUUCCUCAGUGGACCCGUGUCUAUGUCCAUCUGGUCCACUCUGAAACGGCUAUGUCUAGGGAAAGAGCGCAGCAGUAGGUCUCAUAGUACUGGUGCUGCCCAUGUGACUUCAGCAUCCAAUCAGAACCUGCCUCCCGCAGCCAUGCCUGCUUCAUCCUCUCGGCCGAUCACGGUGCUUGUUCAGGCUCAAGCAAACAACAGCAACAACAAAAGCGGUACAUUCACCGAUGACCUACACAAGCUGGUUGAUGAUUGGGCAAAAGAAACUCUUGCCUCUGCCCCUCAGCUCCGCCCCUCUGUGUGUCAGAGUAGACCGCAGAGAUCUCAUCAGUCCUUCCAGACCAACCCCACUCCAAUGGCCAGAAUCCCCAAUCAGAUAAGGGGCUCAAUCCCUCAGGCAGCUGUAAAGUUCCAUCUACCACUGUCCUGUCCGCUGUCAGCUGCUCUGGGUCCCAUCAUGCCUCAUGGCAUCACCAGCACCCCAUCACCCAUCCUCCAGCAGGGUGGAUACUUGAUGCCCACCGCCCCCUUUGCUGGGAUGAUGCCAGCCCCUGUGUAUCCAAACCAUUGGUCCGGUUUGCCCAGUCCAGUGGGCAUGUUUGCUACGGCCGGUGUGGUCCCGUACCCAGCCAUGGGCAGCCCAGCACUGCAGACUUUUCCUCUGGUGGUCAAAAGCCCAGACGCCCCGAUGUGCCCCAGCAAAGCCAGGACUGCAUAAGAGUGCCGCCCUGCGCUCCAAACACCACAACAGACGCUGUUUUUUGCGUAAGGCUAAUCAAUGCACACUUGCAGAAGGAUAAUCAUGCAAGCUCAACACAGCUGAUUACAGACAUGGAGGCAGCAUUUUCUCCUGGAUGAAUGAAUUGCCCACUAGUUUGCAGAGCAGUGGGAGUUUCUGCAACACUCUAGAAUACGUUUUUAACUCUGCUUCAGGAUCAAACCACAAUCUCUGAAAUGUCUGUGUGCUUUGGAUCGCUGUUGGAUUAUGGACACAUCUGUGCAAAGCCUUUGAGCCUGUAAAUAUGAGGUGUGUGUAUGUGAAAUUGGGCAUGAGGGGUGUGUUUGUGUCAAAACAGUCCUGUGGGCACUGCUUUCGCUUUUUUCCCUUUUUUUGAAGACCUUUUAGUUCUUAUGUUUGAAUCUGUAUUGAGGUGUGUUAGUAAAGGGUUUGGCUGAGAGUACCGCAGGACCAUGGCCUUCAAUUCUACUGCCAUAGAGUAUCAUUUUAUAAAAAUUUUCCCCAUAAUUCAACAUACUGUGAGUGACUAACCUACGGUAGCAUGAGCAGGCGGCUCUUGGAGCUAUAGACAUAUUUCACAAAACACGAGCAGAAUAAAUUUAGUCAUUCUUACAAUGAUGUAAGAAUUGAAAUUCAUGCUGCUUGUGUUUUAUAAGAGGCCAAAUGCUCAAAGUUGUCAUGAUUGAUUAUAGAAAUAUCAGUCCUACUUUUCAGUAAUACUGUUUAGAAUAUUUUUCAUAAAUUUACAGCACUUUUGAGUGGCUUUCAUUGGCUGUUUACAGAAAUAUCCAGCAUUUUUAAACUAUUUCAGACCACAGGACAAAAUCCCUACAUGAAAAUGAAUAAUUCAGGACGAUGUGGUGCCUUGAUCAGUUUUCCCUCUAAAGGUAUGACUCACUUCUGAGGAAAAGCCAUUCCUCUGUGGUUUAGCAUGAUUUUCCUUCUGCUCCUAAUGCAAUAGUUUUUUUCAUAAGCCUUUUUUUCAGUCAUGUGGUGGUUUACAUAUUUACUGUCCCCUUUGUUGAAGCGAGUUUGCAAUCAAUACAUUUAACAUAAUUUUAAGUUUAAAUAGGAGCUAGUCUGUGCAGAUUGAUAAAUGAGUGCAGUUCCAGCUGUUGAUGCUUGGGUUUCUGAUCGUUGUACUGCAUUCAUAAGCAAUACUGCACUACCAUACUGUACUACAGCUGUACUAAGCACAGAGGAAGUGAACAAAUGGUUUACAUUGCGAUGAUGUAAUGUAUUAAUGCAUGCCAUCAAAGCGUCGCAGAUACCAAAAUACAAAAUUAAGAAUUGCUAUCUAAAUAUAUCAAGGAGCAUUGUAUGUGCUUGUGGUCUUGCAGAAACCCAAAGUGCGCCACAUUCCCUCUUUAGAGUGUAACACAAGGACUGAAUGCAGGUUUGACUUUGGAAUCAGUGUUGUGUGAACCCCGAAUGUAGCAUGUCAAAUGCUGGAGCAGCACAUUGACAUUACAUGCAUGUGAAUCAAUCCCCCUGUUAUGUGCACCAUAAACCCCACCUAUAAUGUAAAAGCUAGCCGGACUUGGCACAGAGCAGAUCUACUUUGCAUUCAUACACACAAGUUAAGUUACUAUUUUAUCAACUCUAUGAUUUUUAUUUGCUUUGAAUAACGGCUGAAGAUUUUUUUUGUUUGUUUGUUUUCUCCAUUUGCUCUGUUAUGAGCUCUUUCACAGUGUCGGUGAUGUUGAGAUAAUAUUUUAAUUUCUUUUAGUAGGGCAGUUCAAUUGUUGUUUCAUAAAAGUGAUCCAAUAUGGGAGAACAUGCAAGCAAUUGAAUAUUAGCUCACACAGAUACACAUGUACAAAAUGUAUCUGUUUCCAAAACCCACAUCCCAGUUUAUACAGUUUUAUUUGUUAUGUUUCUAAGAUGUCAUCUUAUUUUGUUGUGUAAUUUAGUCACAUUUCUGUCAUUUCUUUCUGAAUUCUUCCAUAUUCUUCAUCAGACUUUGAGUUUUUUUAAACCUCAUUUUCAACAGUAUCUCUGUAAAAGGCUGCGACCCACACAACUGCCAAACUGUGAAUUGUACAGUCCUCUUGUAUUUAUUUUAUCAGUGCUUUUGAUGCAUCCUUCUGUCCUUUAAUGUGUCAUUCCAUCCAUUCAUUUGUACAGGAUGUUCAAUCAGUCAGAAUGAUCUGCUUCAUGAGAAAUGCUUCCAGUAGGAAGAGGUUUCUGAUAUUCUGUUCUUGCUGUGUAAUGCUAAAAUCUCUGUCAAUAAUUACUUUACUUUGCCAUGUUAGUGACUUACUGAUCAAUCUGAUGUGGCGUUUAAUAGGUUGUGGACUUUUUCUUUUUUUUUUUCCUGCAUUGGCGCUCUGUGAAUGGUUGCUUAUGAUGCACACCCUUCAAUUAAUUACUUUACUCCGCUCAGAUACAAAAUGCACUCACAACACA